CGUGGCCAGCGAAGGGAGCGCCAGUGGCCGGUUGGAACUGGGUGGGAGGAGGUGGUCGUUGUGGUGGAACAAAGAGGCGUUCCUGAGUCAGUUGGGACUUGCCCCUAGUCCUAGAAGAUGGCGCAGUUCUCCUUGAAGGAAUGGAGCUAAUAUUUUGUGAUCAAAGGGCCCUCACUCUUACUGUAAAAAGCAUUAUUUGAGCAGGGGUCUCCUUAUACAACCGUUUGUAAGUUUUGGCCUACGGGGUCUUCCUGAAGCCCGUUGUACUUCGUAGGCCUGUAAGACUUUUAAACAGUUUCUUUAUUAAACUGUUUUGCGGCCCUUCUCCUUUUAGGAGGCAGUUAAGGCCUGAAGAGUUUUUAGCCAAAGGAGGGAGAGCCUUUGUUCAGGAGCGCUGGAUAAGGAAGGCUCUCAUACACAGUACGGAACCUUUGGUACGAGGCUCUUGCUUCCUUGAUGAGCGGAGUCUGAUGCACUUGGUCUUUGGGAACGCACGGACAGCUUUCAGGGUGUGACUGGCAGACAGAAAACUCGGGAGAUCGCUAAAGGCAGAUGGAAACAGACAAGAUUAAUUGGGAAUAGACACUACUUUUAUCUGAACAAGAAAAGAAAAGUUUGUUGGAAAGCUGUUCAUCAAAGCAGAUUCUUGUUUUCUGUGAAUAUUAUGAUGGCUUUAUCCCUCAAGGUUUUGGAUGGUGUCUUUCUUCUAAAUAAAUGCUACUGUCAAAAUGGAUUGUGCCCCUUGUUUAGACCUCUUGUUGGUAGUUGCAAUCUAAGAUGGUACAGUAGCUACAAGAGACCAGGGACACCUCCUGACAGGACCCCACCUUGGAAAAAAAUUAACUUCAACUUUCAGAAGGGAGUUGAAGGCGUCAAGACACAUUUUGGAAAAUUAACAAAGGAGGUAGCAGAUCAUGUUGAAGGGCCUGAGGGACAACCAUUAUUGGAAUUCAUGCUGGCACAGACAAAAGUGGCUUGGGAGUUUCGAAGUAAAGAAGACUUGGAUAAAUGGGUGAUCUCCUCUGAUGCUGAAAUUGGAGGGAAAAGUGAAAUCUGUCUAAAACUGGGUAAGAGUAACCAGUCUGUUGUGUUGUAUGGGAUCCUCAAUACUACAGUACCUCGUGAUGGCGAGACACGAUACAGUGGCUACUGCUCCAUGAGAUCAAAACCUCGACUGGUUGCCUUUGAUCGAAAGAAGCCUUAUGACUGGUCAAAUUUCAACAGCUUGUUCCUGCGCAUUCGUGGUGAUGGUAGACCCUGGAUGAUAAACAUCUAUACAGACCCAUACUUCUCUCAUCAGAAGGAUGAACUCUAUAGUUACUUCUUGUUCACACGAGGGGGACCAUAUUGGGAGGAAAUCAGGAUUCCAUUUUCUAAGUUUGUUUUUUCAAGCCGAGGAAGAAUUCAGGAUAACCAACACGCACUCUGGUUAGAUAAGUUGGUUUUGGACGAAACAAUGGGAGAAUCACGCCCGACAUACUGCGAUAGCUAGAGUUGAUCUUUUGCAUGAGUUAAGGGUCUGCGCACAGCACAACAGUGUCCUGGAGAAUGACAUAGAGUUCCUGCUCCACUGACAGUGCCCCCAACUCUUGAUAUUCACCCCACAGAGGUGAUUGCCACAGGAAAGAGCACCUUCCAACUGAGCAAUUUUAUGGAAACUGUAUGCAGAGGCUCAAAUGGUGAAUGUGACAAAGCCUUCACAACUUUAUGCAGAUCACACGUUGGAAAGCAAUGCAUAGUAGGAGGCUUGAGGAGGGAGGCACUCUGCAAAAAAUACUUCAUGUGAGGGUAUGAUGACAAGGAACCCUUGAAUCCAUAGAAUAAAGGUAACAGCAAGACAGAGAUCUGACAUUUCAGGGUGUUUGGUUGCAAAAAUUUGAUCUAACCUGGCUUGCAGAAAUGCCAGUAGCAUUUUAAUAUUUGCCUUAACUAGGUCCUCCCCUUUCCUACAGCACCACUGAUAAAAAACCUACCAGGUCACUUUGUAUAUGUGGUUGGUAGAACUCCUGCAGAAAGCUAAGCUGCUAGAGACAACCUCAUUGCUAUACCCAACACAAAUUACUGUGGCUCUCAGCUUCCAGACAUGAAAUUGUCACCUUGAAGAGAGCACCAAAUAAUUGUGAGGAACACAAACAAAACUGAGGAAAGAGCCAUUCUUUACUCUUGAAGACCCAUUGACCUGUGGUCAAGUACUCCUAAAAGUAGGCAAAGUACUGAAGGUGUCCCCACCCCAAAGAAGAGUCAUACUUGCUGCUGCCUUCUAUUACCCUUCUGGCCAGAAGUCUUAGAGAAUCUGGCCUUGUUCUGCUGGUCUGGAUUGCCUCUUGGUCCUGCCCCACUGAGCCUUGGCACCCCUACCAUCCCUGGAUCUAGAUGGAGAGGUGUAGGGAUGAAAAUAAUGGCUUUGUUGAUGAGGCCCCUUCUUCUGUUCCCUGUUAUUGCUAGAUGGCAAUGUCUUUUUCUUGUCCUAGGUUUUAAUCAAUCCCAAGAAUCAAUCCAGAGGUUUCCCAAAUAGCUCUUCAACCAAUUGUGAUGGGACCAUCUUUGAGGCUUUUUCAGCUUAUCCAUGACUUCCUGUGAAAAUAUAUGUUUUCCUCCCAAAGAAGCUCUGGGAAGCAAAAAAUAACCAAACAAUUUAACAAGGAAAAGAAAAACAUUCCAAAACAUGAGUACAGUUAAAAACAUUCCACAACACAGUUAAAAAUAUUCUUAUAGCAGUGAUCUUUGGGUUGCAAGGAACAGUCCCCUUUAGCCAUCAAAUGCCUGGGUAAAAAGGAAUGUUUUAAAAUUCUUUCUAAAAGUCACUAGCGUUGGGGACAGACGCACCUGGGGAGGGCAUUCCACAAAAGGAGAGUCACCACUGAAAAGGCCCUGUCAUGCAUAACAAGGUAGUGCUUGGUGGCAGCACCACCAGCAAGGCCUCAUCUGCUGAUUGUAGGGUCCAAGAUGGUUGAUACUGGGGAAGGUGCUCUUUUAGAUACUUAGGUCCCACACUAUUUAGAGUUUUAUAUGAUGACUCCUUUAAUCGGGCCUUGUGGCUCACUGGCAGCCAAUGAAGUGCUUUCAGGACCAGUGACGCAUAGUCCCAUAGGGCUGCCCCACUUACCAGCUUUGCAGCUACAUUCUGCACUAGGUGCAGCUUCCAGACUAUCUUCAAGGACAGCCCCACAUACAGCUUGUUACAAUAGUCCAGAUGGAAAGUCACCAGAGCAUGGACAACUGAGCCAAGCUAUCACGGUCCAGGGACAGUUGUAGAUGGUGAAUUGGCUUCAUGGAGUGUUUUUUGACAAACAUACUUGUGCAGCAAGUAGCCCCUGGGACUGCUCAUUCUAGCAGCAUGAUGUCCUCAGAUGUUGAAAGGAAUGGUACUGCUUGCCCAGAAGGUUUAACUGUAGGAAAGACCUUUGUUGCAACUAACAAUACCUGGGUAUGCUCUGGAGAGCUGGUGUCAAAUGAAAUAUUAAGAACCUUACAUGCCUUAAGCCAGGAGGGCAGGGAAAUCCUCAUUAGAGAAGAGUCUUGUGGGAGUAGAGCUAGACUGCUCUGCCUCAUCGGCAGAUAACUCCUCCUUUUUCAGUAUUCCAAGUGGCCAUGGGCAUUAGAGUUUAUUUUGUGGGGCAUUUUAUCAUCAUCAUCUUCGUGUUUACUAAUAAAGAGGCCACAAAGGCUGCAAGCCCUGACAGCACAGAAAAGGAGCAACAGUGUGCCAAAGAAAGGGUAAUUGAUCUGACCUUGGUCAGCUCUACCUACGAGAUUGUUUCUGUUACUUAUAACUCUGCAAAGGAGCACUGUUCAGCUAUCCAAGCAGUCUGUGAUAUGGCAGAAGUUGGAGUGAAGACAUCUGCCCAGCCUCUCCUGAAUAAACUUGAACCUUGAAUCACUUUAGCAAACAACUACUCCUGUCAAGGUCUGGACAAACUAUGAGAGAGCCUACCUGUUGCACAGCAGCCUAUUGGAAAGAUAGUAUCAGAUGCCAAAGGCCUGUCAUAGGUGCCAAGGAAUUUGUUUGUACUCUAAGGCAAAGGAUACGGUAUCAGGUGUGUUAAAUAUGGCCAAAGAGAUUGCUCAAGAAAGUAUGGAGAUGGGCAGGUCGGUAGUGAUGAGUGCCAUGAACGCUGUGAUGGGGACCACUAUGGGGCAGAUGGUGAUUGGUGGUAUUGACCAAAUGACAGAAAUAUCUGAGGAUAUGAUAGACCACUACAACCCAAUAACAGAUGAAGACCAGCCUCUGUGGUGAUGCAGUAACUCCCAUGGUAAAGCAGAAAGAAGAGCAGGGUUACUGUGUGUGCCUGGUCUCAACCUUGCUCCAAAAAUCCCUAACGGCAUUAUCUGGCAAAGAUUCAAAGGGUCAAGUGAGGAGCUCAGGAGACACUGUUCUAGCUUCAAGAAAUAAUUCUGUUGGUGAAGUAUGCCAAGCAUGCUUUGGGUAGGCAAGUUAAUGUGAAAGAUAGUGAUUGCCAGAAGCAGCUGGAACCCAUGUGCCUGGAGUCAAGCAGGAGCCCACCAGGGCCGAGGCAGAGCUGUGCAUAGUUGGCUCUGAGCUUGUCCUACAGUAUUACCCAGCAGAUGCAGAGUAUCUGCUAGAGACUCUUGGCUAAGAUGCAGAGCCUCCCUGCUGCUCUCAAGAAAAGGUGUAGCAAGCUUCUAGUGGUAUGGAGGUGCUGCAUGCUGCCCUCUUUCGUGCUAAAUCCUUUAAGGACCUUCCCAGUGGCGGCCUAAACCAGAACCAGUAGAAGAUUGAAUUGGCCCAAGAGGCUUUUGCAUGACAUCAUGGAAUAUGUGAUGACAGGAACUCCUCUCACAUAGGUGAUUGGGCCCUUCUCUCCUGCUAGAACAUCUGCAGUAGAAUUGGAAGAGGUGGCAAAGAUGGAGGCCUAAAAGAGUGCCUAACUUAGGGUUUGGUUUGGACUGCUGGGUAAUGCUUAUCGUCCUCUCAUGGAUCAAUAUGUAGCUUGUGUAGAGAUUUUAAUGUUUGAAAAGGUUUACGAUCUAAAAUCACUGUUCAUGGUAAAGAAGACCCAGGGAUUCUAGUAGAGAUUGCUGGUGCAAGCAUCUUGGACAGAUAUUUCUAGAGAAUGGGAGAGGCUUCCAAAUGGUUUAAAGCUAUGGGCUGCUUGUGGAACUUGCUUAAUAGAUUUUUCUUUUUGAUUAUUAUACAGAGCAAAGCCAUGUAUCUACUAAUCAAAAGGUUCAACUGACCUUGUCUGACUUGACUUGUAGGUUAUAGAAAUGUUAAGGGACCUGCUAUAUGGGGGGCAAUUACAGUUGAAGUAUGUUUUUGUGUCUUAAGGCUUUUGGAUAUUGUAUCUGUGCAAAUAAAACAUGACUCUCUCUCUGAGGGCCAAGGUGAAACAGAACGUCCUCUUGUACCCCAUCAACCUACAGCUCAAAGUCAGGCUGGAGGGCAAGACUGAGUCAGUAGCAAGGUGUCUGUGCUUUGCCUCUGAUGCAUUUAACCCUAUUGUUGUCUGCCUCUUGAGGGAAACUUGUGGCCUAGAGAAAUAUCCUCCCCUCUCCAGUUCAGCUAGGCUUGACCUAUGCAUUCUGAAGUGCACUCUCUCAGAAGUAGAAAUGCUAGUAGUCUGGACUGCUGGGGUGGGGGAAGAGGCUUUCCCACCCUUUUCUGUGGCAAAUUUGAGUUUUGGAUUGAAGCUGAGAGUCUUGAGUGGGCCUCAACCAGAUUUUCCUAAGACAGGAGAGUCCUGCCCCCUUUCCCCACUCCCAAGUUGCCUCAUACACACCCAGCUGUGCCUGAAUGCCCAUUUCUGGCCCUGGAUGUCAGAGGAGCUGCAACUGAAGUACUGUUGCCAGGCCUGAUUCUUGACCUCCGGAUGUGGCAACCACUGAGGAAACUGCCCCUGUCACAGAUUGAACUGGCUCCACUGGCUAGAGAAACUGAGGGGUCUUCUCUUUUUUUGGCCACUUUAAUGUCCCUCAGAAAUGGUAGUUGAAGACUCCUCAGACAUCUGUUCUUGUAUAAUCCUGCUAGGAUCCUCACACCCACCGCAAAGAUGGAUGAUUUUUUGAAAAACCAAAAGUGUUUGUUGUUUUUAGAAAUACAAACAGACAACAGCAAGAAACCAAAAAUGAAUGUAAAUAGCUAAAAUUUUCUAGUUGGACUACAACAAAAAAUGGUGCGUUUGUCUGGAGCCGUUGCUGGAGCUGAGGCAGGACUGGACUGGGAGGGGCGGUCUCUUGCAGCAAGCUGCAUCUUGAUAAAUCUGCAUUGCUGUGCUUAAUGGAGCUAGAGAGAGGAGUUACCCAGUCAAGGAUUUACUCCACUCCACAUGAUAGUACCAGGCUUCUAGGCCUUGCUGUCUUUAAAUUAAUGAGAUUUCUUUUGGCCAUAAACCAUAACUUAAAUCUGUAAACCAAAAAAUUAAAUAUAAUUCCUUUUGGUCGGUACUAGUUCUACCAAACGAGUCUUUGGAUAUGCUGCUUUCUAGAGCUGUUCUUCCUGCCCCCCUCUCUCAUAUCUGUGAGCUAUCACUUGUGCUGAUGUAGCAUAAUCCUGUUCCUUAUAUCCAGAAUUCUAAUUAAAACAGAGUAUUCUCAAACUUCUCUGCCUGUCUUUACUGGAAGCUUUCAAGUUUGGCAUUUUUUAAGAUAUGUAAAACAAAAGGGGACAAGUCUCAGAUGUUGAGCUCUUUGAACUUAAACUUGUAUCAGUGGAACAAGAAAUAGCCCUGACCAAAGAGAUGCAAUUUCCAUACAUUGUGAAGACCCCUCCCAAUAUUCUGUGCUCUUUUACAUCUGUAAAGUUUAAAGUGAAAAUAGGAUAGCAGGUUCUCAACCCAAACUUAUGUAAACAUCAGUAGUUGUCCUGGCUAUAGUCUGGACCCAAAGAACUUGCAUGUAUACCUACUGCAGGUUCUCGGGGCCUCCUGAUAAACCUCUCCUGAUGAUCAGGGGCCAUGUGUACAAUGUAGAACGAAGGGCCUGUAGUGUAUGUGUGUGGGAGGGCUGGAGGAUGUGGUGCCUGCCCUGUGCAUUACUCAUUUCAUAAAAUGCGACCCUGUGCUGCUUUGGGAGGAAGGGCAGGAUAUACAUUUAAUUUAAAAAAUAAAAAAUUAAGACUGGAAUCCUAUACCUGCUUAUCUGGAAAUAAUUUCCAUUUAAUUCAAUCGGCCGAUUUCCAGGUAGACAUGUAUAGGAUUACUUACGCUAUAAACCAUGUAACUGAUGUCUCCUGACCUUCCAAAUCGAGCUAUCUUAAAGCAAAAU